AUGCAAGGUGAUAUUGAUCAGAAUAUUCCAAGUGAUAUUUCAAUGAUUCCAUAUCAGUAUCAAUUAAGUUUUAAGAGUCAUUGGUAUUUUGGUUAUUUGAUUGAAACGUUACCCAUAGAAUUCAAAGAUGAGCAACCCGAAUAUAUUUUAUUAGCCGAGAUAAUUUCAAUAUCAACUUCUUGGACCUUUGGAGAUUAUGAAAUUCAUGAAUACCGUCAUAACGAUACAUCCGGCAAAAUGUUCCCUGUAAAAACCGUUAACUCAUCGUUGAAGGACGACGCUUAUGUAUCAUUUAAAACAAAAAACACUUCAAGCGAUGAGAAGUCAACUGAAUUGUUAAAUCCGGCAACUUGUGAUUAUAUUUUUUCGUUGACGGCGACUCUUAGAGGAUAUAUAUUUAGAAAAUGUGCGCUUGCCAAUGAAACAGAUUAUACCAAAAUUUCUUACGUAAAAGGAUCUACUACUUGGGGAUUAACUUUCUAUAAUGGCGAUGAGAUUUACGCUUCGACCUCCGAAACCCAAUAUUGGUGGAAUAUGAAUAGAAGGGAUAUUGUUGUGACCACAUCUGCACCUUUUCCACAAGUCAUACCAGCCAUUUACACAGCUUAUUACGAUACAAUCCAACAUAUUCGUGAUACCAAAGUGAUUUCCAUUGAGUAG